UAUGUGUAUGUAUUUGUAACCUAUGCAUGAGUGAAAGAGGAGGGUGUAAGGGGGAGAGAGAGGGCCUAGUAGCAGGAGUAAUGCUGGCAUAACACACAUUUGCACAUCAAUCAACAUAUUCUAUUCACUUCGAAACAUCUAGCAAGCAAAACAGCGCCUUGUUGAAACUACAAGAAGUCUCCAUCUAAACUAACUUUUUUUACUCCCAAAAUCCCUGUUGUAUUUUUGCAUUUAAAUACUAAACAUGGUGCGGUCUUCAAGAGUGCAAAAAACUCAACCGAAAAAAACUAAAGCAGAUUCUCCAGCGCCGGAAGAAAAUGUCGACAAUGUGAAUGACAAAGUACUUGAUAUGGCAGAUAAAAUGAAGACAGACAACGAACCAGUUGAAAAGAAGAUGAAGGUGGCUAAUGACCAAGAGAAUGAAGCUGACAAGACAAAAGAAAGUAAAAAUAAACGCGCCACCAACUGUCGCUACAAACGUCUUGGUAUCAGUGAUGACGAAGCUGAGAAAAUUUUGCAAUCAGAUGAAAAUGGAGGUCGAAGAACCCGCUCAAGAUCCCGUGUUCAGACUCCUGAACAGAGCACUCGUAGCAGAAAAUUAGCGACCCCUGCAAAAGAAACAAAGCCUGCAGCCAAACCAGGGCGGAAAGAGAAGAAAGCUGCCUCAGCAGGAGAUGCUGCACCUGCCGUUGCUGAUGAAGAAGUAAAGGCUGAUGGUGAGAAGGCUGAUGAAGUAAAAGCUGAGGAUGCAGAACCUGUUGAGAAGGAGGAAGCUGCUGCUGAAGAUGAGGUCAAGGAAGAAACUGCUGACGGUGAAGUGAAAGAAAAUGAUGAACAUGAGAAGGAAAAUGAUGAGUCUAAAGCAGAGGAAGCUGAUGAAGAAGUGAAAGAAGAGGAGAAAGCUAAUGAAGAAAGUUCCAAGGAAGAGAAUGCUGGGACAGAAUAGAUAUUAUUUUUUCACUCAUUAACGUUCAUUACUUGAUAUAUCUCAACAUAGAUUUGUUCCAACAACUUCAUGACAACAUAAAUCAAAUCUUCUAUUCAUUUUUAUUAUUUUAAAUUUUUUUCUCUCCCCCCUUCCUGCAAUCAUUAUCAUUUGCAGUUUUAUUAAAAUACUAAAAUAAUUCAUACAA